AUGCCACGCCGUCAUCGCCCCCAGCCAAGCACCCCUCCUGACCUUCCCCCCAUUCCAGAAGGCGCGUAUAAACAGGACUACUACCUUGCUCCAGACACCGUCUACUAUGUGAUGGACAAAGACUCCAUUGACUGGAGACGCGGAACAAUAAGCGAAAUGACACGAAGCACGGUUGAACACUUGGUAGUCGAUGAGGAAACCCAGGAAAUCGUCUACGUUCUCGUGCAGUACAUUCGCAGGCGCGCCGAGUGGGAUUGA